AACAAGUAAUAAAAAAUCAAUUGCUAUCAAUCAGAGAGAGAGAGAGAGGCAGUUAUUAGUUUCGUUACCAUUCCGAUUUUCCCCUCUUUCCAUUUCACAUCACACCUUCCUCAAUGUUCCUCAACAACACCACCAACAACCACCACACUGUAUCCAUCUCCGACGACGAAACCGAUGAACUUGGUCGCAUGCGCGUUCGCGCUCGCCGGAAACGGAAGAAACUUGGCAACCGACGAUUAAUCAGGAAGCUUCUAGUCAAAUACUGGAUGCUACUCAUCAUUAUUCCAGCUGCGUUUUUGCUAUUUUAUGAAACAACACGAAUUGGUCUAAGACCUAGUGCUUCUAACAAUAUUGCAACAACAUCAGGUAAUCAAGAUGAUGAUCGAUCUAGUCCUACAUUGAUUGAAGAAAUUCGUGUUAAAACCAAUUUGAAUCGCCUUGAUCCUACUACGCAUGUUGUUGCUGGUGUCAGAGAACGUUGCUUGAAGCUUCUACCAUCUGAAAAACUUGAGCAACUAGAGAUUCCUGUGGAAGAAGAAUCUAGUUUACCUAUUCGUGAAAUCUUGUACAUAUCAGGGAAUGAUGCGUCUUUUGUAGGAGGCAAUGCUACAUUGUCUCAAUUGCGUGCGGAGGAUAUAAGGUUUAAUUUAUUUACUGGAAAUCAAACAUUUGAGGAAAGAGAUAGAAGUUUUGAGGUGAAAGAAACUACAACGGUACAUUGUGGGUUCUACAGUAUGGAUGGAGGGUUUAGGAUAUCUGAUGAAGAUAAAAGUUUCAUGCAAGGUUGCAAAGUGGUGGUAUCUACUUGUGCAUUUGGUGGUGGAGAUGAUCUCUAUCAACCAAUUGGAAUGUCACAAGCUUCGCUUAAGAAGGUUUGCUAUGUAGCAUUCUGGGAUGAAAUCACACUAAAAGCACAGGAAUUAGUGGGACGCAGAGUUGGUGACAAUGGAUUUAUAGGAAAGUGGCGUGUUGUUGUCGUUCAGGAUCUUCCUUUUUCUGAUCAAAGGUUGAAUGGUAAAAUUCCAAAGAUGUUAACACAUCGUCUUUUCCCUCAAGCAAAAUACUCUAUUUGGGUAGACUCCAAGUCCCAAUUUAGGAGGGACCCACUAGGUGUGUUGGAAGCACUCCUCUGGCGCACAAAUUCUAUACUUGCCAUAUCAGAACACGGAGCUCGCAGCAGUCUCUAUGAUGAGGCUAAGGCUGUUGUCAAGAAAAACAAAGCCAAGCCGGAGGAAGUUGAAGUGCAACUGAAUCAAUACAAAAAAGAUGGCUUGCCUGGAGAUAAAAGGUUUAAUGGAAAGAAAGCUCUAUGUGAAGCCUCUGUUAUCGUGAGGAAGCUCACACCGCUAUCUAAUUUGUUGAUGUGCGUCUGGUUUAAUGAGGUGGUUCGCUUCACUUCCAGGGAUCAGCUCAGCUUCCCAUAUGUUCUGUGGAGGUUGAAGGCAUUCAAAAACAUCAAUACCUUCCCUGUCUGCACUCGCAAGGAUCUGGUCAAUAGCAUGGGCCAUAUCCGCAAGGCAAAACCACUGCAAAAAUGAUUUAGUUAAAUUGGUCGAACCAUUGAAGCGAUGCCUACCUGUAGUUAUCAACUCAUUCCAUAUUUCAUUUUUUCAUUAGCCAAUUAGCCAAUUCAAGUCAGGUAUAUGUGUUGUUUUUCUAGCCCCUCUCUCUCCCUCCCUCAUUCUUCUCGUAAACAGUAUAGGCUAUAGUUUGUAUUUAUUGAUUACUAUGAGCUUUAUGAUUAGGUUAUUCUAGAAAAGUUGUAGUUGAUGGAAAGAAAAAUCAUACAAACAAGAGAUUUUGCUUUGGA